AAAACCUCACCUCACAGUCUGUUCGAGUCAGGGGAACAGGUUGGAAAGAGCCCGACGGAGGCUCGUACAAUCAAAUACUGUUGGUUGCAGGUUGUAACCGGAUCUAACACGCAAGCUGGAAGGGCUCAGUGCAGCGUGGGUGCCCAGGGAUCCACUGCCUGAGUGUGGGGAGAGCAGCGGCCGAGACCCCAGAGACAUGAACCACACCAAGGGUGGCCUGGUCAUCUUCACCGCCAACUCGCACCCCUCGAGCCGUGAGCUGGGCAAGAGGAUUGCAGAGCGUUUAGGGGUGGAGCUUGGCAAGGUGCAGGUGUACCAGGAAGCUAACAGAGAAACGCGGGUACAGAUCCAAGAGUCGGUGCGAGGCAAAGAUGUGUUUGUCAUCCAAACGAUGUCAAAGGACGUGAACACCACCAUAAUGGAGAUGCUGAUCAUGGUGUACGCAUGCAGGACGUCCUGCGCCAAAAGCAUCACGGGCGUUCUCCCCUACUUCCCCUACAGCAAGCAGUGUAAGAUGAGGAAGAGGGGCUCCAUCGUGUCCAAGCUUGUUGCAUCAAUGAUGUGUAAAGCUGGCCUCACCCACCUGAUCACCAUGGACCUCCAUCAGAAAGAGAUCCAAGGCUUCUUCAACAUCCCAGUGGACAAUUUGAGAGCCUCCCCGUUUCUGCUGCAAUAUAUCCAGGAAGAGAUCCCCGACUACCGAAACGCUGUGAUUGUUGCCAAGUCGCCAGCUUCUGCCAAAAGGGCUCAGUCGUUCGCCGAGCGGCUGCGUCUGGGUAUCGCAGUGAUCCACGGAGAAGCUCAGGACGCCGAAUCAGACCAAGUAGACGGCCGACAUUCCCCACCCACCGUCAAGACCACCGGAGCCAUUCACCCCAGCAUGGAGAUACCAUUGUUGAUCCCUAAAGAGAAGCCCCCCAUCACUGUGGUGGGAGACGUCGGAGGACGCAUCGCCAUCAUAGUGGAUGACAUCAUCGAUGAUGUGGACAGCUUCGUGGCCGCAGCAGAGACGCUGAAGGAAAGAGGGGCGUACAAGAUUUUUGUCAUGGCGACGCACGGCCUCCUCUCCUCAGACGCCCCCAGGUUCAUAGAGGAGUCGGCAAUCGAUGAGGUGGUGGUGACCAACACGAUUCCCCACGAGCUCCAGAAGCUCCAGUGUCCAAAGAUCAAGACGGUGGACAUCAGCAUGAUCCUGUCAGAGGCCAUCCGCCGCAUCCACAACGGAGAGUCCAUGUCCUACCUGUUCCGCAACAUCGGAGUGGACGACUGAAUAACCUGUGUCACACACACACACACACGCACACACACACGCACACCAUUUGCCUUCUCAAUCCCCUCCUGAUGAUGAAUGAUGAUCAGCACGCUGCAGUGCUGCCUCUAUCAUAACACACGAACAUGAAUGCUCACCUGUCCUUUGAUUGCAGCUGAAGGAUGUGGUGAUGAACACACACUCUCAUGCAUACGUAUCUAAGCACACCUGGUUUUGUUCUUAGCUUUGACCAAACACACACACACUCUGAUUAGUGUCCCCAGUGGAUGUUAUGGGAUUACUGCCGAGCUCUCCAGUGGCUGCGCUCCACACUCCUCACUACUUUUUGUCUUGUGUCUUUCCCCCAUAGAAAUGAUGUCGAGGUUCAAUCAGCUCACGUUAGUACUCGUUAGCACUGAAUGUGUCUGAUGUUAUUAGUAAAGGAGAUUGUACUGAUGACGUCAGUGCCUUCCACAGGACACAACACAGGCCUUCGCUGCUGUUUUACACCUCGCCCUCGUUAGCAACUCUGGAAUAUACGGCUUCACAUGUUGUGCAUGUUCAAAUCCAAAUGUGUGUUUGAUUAUUUCUGUGGUGUCUGAAUGUGCAACUAACACGGCUCAUUGCGACUCGUCCCAGCAGCCAUACGUCUGAGUGGACGCCAUGUUCAGAUGUUAAUCUGGUGUCAAAUCUACUAAAUGCUAAUGUUGAUCUGCGUUUAACAGGAAGUCUUUGGAUCUUGAUAAUUGGAUGUUCCAUUUAAUGACAGUAUAAAUGUGCCAUCAUCUCAAUACUUAGUGUUGAAUAUUUGUUCGUGUCACAAAUAAACGGCUCCGGAUGAUUCAAAACUGACGCUCCAGUUCCAGAUUUAAAGUCAGUCUCUGGUUAGAAGUUUGAAGUUGUUCUUAAUAAACUGGAAAUCUUCCAUUGUUAGAUCCCUGUGAAGGAGACUGAAGAAGUUUGUUUCAACACUUUGUCCAAGUUUAAAUAAAACUUCAAACUGUGGCUAAAACAGGAAAAAUACAUUUUUCUGACUAGCAAAACUUGACUGAAGCGGGUCUUUGUCACUUUAUCAGAUGCUCCCAAAAUGUUUUGUAUUUAUUUUCUGGAUUUAAUAUGAAUAAAGAAAACCUAUGAAAGGAAAA